CGUACGUCUGGUUGUGUUUGUGUUGACAUUAAUGGCGAUCAGUGUUCAGAUCACAACCACUGAGCGCAUCCAUAGUCACCACUAACUGAUCCCUGAAUUGCGUGCACACGAUGUCUGCGCCGAAGCCGACUGUUGGCCAGUCGUUCCGGAUGUCUGAAGGCGACUGGAUCUGUGAGGACCAGAACUGUCAGAACAUAAACUUCGCGCGAAGAAUGUCUUGUAAUCUGUGCGGUAAAGACAAGCCAUUGGACGCACGGCUCAAAGACAAAGAGUCGGCCUCUAAGGAGAGCGCGGAGAAGAAGCGAAAGGUGGGCCACGAGAUCGGGAAAGUGGCCGCAGAGAAGUCGAAGGGCCUCUUCUCGGCCGACGACUGGCAGUGCGGACGGUGUGGUAACGUGAAUUGGGCGCGAAGGUCGACCUGCAACAUGUGUUCGGCGCCUAAAUUCAGUGACAACGAGGAGAGGACCGGUUUGGGCGGCGGCUAUAAUGAGCGCGAAGAGCACGUCGAGUACAAGCAGAGGGCUGACGACAGCGACGAUGAAUACGACGACUUCGGACGCCGUAAGAAGAAGAAUUAA